AUGGACCCCGUUUCGGCUCUUGGCAUCGCGAGUGCUAGUGCCCAGUUUGUUACCUUUGCCUCACAAUUGAUAUCCGCCACCGCAGACAUCUACGACUCAGCAAGCGACGCCUCCGCAUACAUCUCCAACUUGGGCAGUGUUUAUUCCCAGCUAAAAAGACUUUGCCAGAAUCUGAACCAAGCAUCCCAGAAAGUGUCCAUAGAUCAAGCCGCAACAAGUUCUCAAACCACAACCACCGACACAUAUCAUGCUGCACCCACCUUCAAUUCAUUUGUGCAAGGAGGUCAUACAGACGUUCUUGAUGGUACAAGUGAAGUCGAAUUACGCAUGGGCAAUGCCUUGCCGGAAUUGCAACAGGUGUACUCUACUCUUCAGGAUGUCGUCAAGAGUUGCGAACAGGACUCCGCCCUUAUUCUCUCCCUCCUCUCAAAGCUAAAGCUAGAGAGUGGUGUCGGAUCUUUAACCAAAAGCUUUAAAGUGGCAAUCAAAAUGAUCUGGAAGAAGGAUGAAAUCCAGAGAGUAGACGAGAGGCUCAAGCGGUCUCAGGCUAUUUUGAUUGCCACCAUGGCGCGCAUAUCCAAUAUCUACCACAUUCAGCAUUCUCGAGAGUUGGCUGCGCUACGGAGCGAGAGUCAACUUUUAGGCGCGAGAUACUCGGAGCAGCUCUCGAUCAUGCAAAACACACUGAGAAAUAUCGAAAAGGGGAGAAAGUUCUCUCCGAGUGCCGAAGCGUUCAAAGAUGAGAUCGACACUCUGGAGAAAAUGAUGCGCCAGUCUUCGCUGUCUGAGGCCAGGGUGCGCAAGGAGCUUGAUAUCAUACGGUCACUGAGCUUCAAGACGAGACAAUUCCGUUACAACGCCAUCUGUGACGCGCACCAUGAAACCUUCCGAUGGGUUUUUACACCCCCAAGUGAUCAGUCAACGCACCUAAGUAUAAAGCAGCGAGAGUCUCAGACAAAGCUUCUAAAGUGGCUUGAGCACGGCAGCGGAGUAUUCUGGGUUUCCGGGAAGCCUGGGUCGGGCAAGUCGACCUUUAUGAAGUUUGUUGCAGAUCACCAGAGGACUGUGGAAGCACUUUCACGAUGGGCUCAUCCACGUCGAGUCAUUGUUUCCAGUUGCUACUUCUGGAGCUCAGGGUCCAAGAUGCAGAAGUCACUGGUCGGGCUUCUACAGACGCUUCUGUACGAUGUGUUUAGAUGUUGUCCACAGUUGAUUCAGAGUGUUUGUCCUUCUAGAUGGUCAGGAGAGGUACCACAUGGCGACAAAUGGACAGAGAGUGAGCUACGAGCUACUCUAUCGCGAAUCUCGGAGCAGCCCGACAGAACUUUCAGGUUCUGCUUCUUCAUUGACGGACUGGACGAAUACGACAGCGUCAACGGCGACCACAGCGAUUUCUGCGAAUAUCUCACGACAAUCUCGAGUCGAGAUAUCAAGAUCUGCUUGUCGAGCAGGCCAUGGAAUGAGUUCAACGACGCCUUUGGCCAAGAUCCAGCGUCAAGAAUUUUCAUUCAUGAGCUAACAUGGGACGACAUAUUGCUAUACACUCAAUAUAGGCUUCAUAGACACCCACGCUGGAAGUCACUGGAAUCACAGACAAAGAAAGCCGGCUCCCUAGCUAGAACAGUCGUGACGAGAGCCCAAGGGGUCUUUCUUUGGGUUUUCCUCGUGACAAGGCAUCUCAGAGAGGGUCUGGCCAAUGAUGAUAGCUUCACUGACCUGGAGAAGAGGCUUUUGAGCUUACCGACAGAGUUAGAAGCAUUCUUCAAGCAGAUUUUGGAGUCUGUUUCAAGCUUCUACCAUGAGAAAAUGGCGGGCGCACUCCAAGUGGCACUCUAUGCAAAAGAACCGCUGGAUUCGAUGAUAUACAGCUUUAUUGGCGACGAGUACGAAGAUCCAGAUUACUUCCGACAUCCCUUAGACCUGGGAAACGAUAUGAAUCCAGAUGGCCACCAGGAUCAGUUGAUAGCGCGACAAAAACAAAUUGUCCGUCGACUCAGGGGAUGGUGUCGUGGACUUCUGGAGGAGCAACUGGGAAAGAUUCAGUUCCUCCAUCGGACAGUAGGGGAGUUUCUCAGGACUCGAGAAAUGUCAGAUUUUCUCGAAUCAAAACGUCCAAGAUAUUUCAAUACUGAAUUGUCGAUACUAAAAGCCUAUGUAGCGUGGCUCAAGCUAUCCAAUCUUGAAGGCGGAAACUUUAUGCUGUUUGAAGAGAGCGGGCUACAGGAUCUCGCUUUCUGCGAAAGCCCGCUCUACCUGGGGGUUCGUACAGCCCUCACAUAUGCUUCAUACCUUGAACUGGUCGAUGAAGUUCCCAAAACGGCCUUGGACUCGCUUGUUGAUGAGAUGGACCUUAGACUGGCCGAAAUGGCCAGGGUUAUCAAACCAACACUAGUUGGGCAUCAUCUGGAGACAUCUGAACACGUUUCUGGACUGAUUCGGAUAAUUGCCCUUGACCUGCCUUUGAUGGGUUAUCUUUCCAGGAAGCUUAUGGCAGAACCAAGCUUUCUCUCCAUCUUCAGCCAGUCAGCAAUAUCCAUGGUGCUAUGGACUCCAACUCUGUCACACAAAAUAUGGCCAACUGAAAGUCGCCAAAAGCUCGAGUACGUGCUCAAGGCUGGGUCGAGCCCUAACGAACUGACCGUGGGCUCGAUGCACAUGAUCACGAUAUGGGAGAAGUUCUUAUCGGAGGUUCUUCCAAAAGGAUCCGUAACGCGAUGGACAAGAGCCGGCCCCAAGUUCCAAGACGCGAUCGAACAGGGGCUGGUACAGGUAUUCCUGGAUUUUGGUGCCAAUCCCCAGGCUAGGAUCUGGUCGGUCUCUGGUAAUGUUGCCCCUGCCUUCACUUUGUUCGUGGCCGCUGCUUUCGACAUGGAAUGGCACGGCCGAGCUGAAGAAAUGUACUUCCAAGCACUGGACUCGUUCAUCAAAGGAGGGGCUGCUUUUGACAGCAGUGAGAAUUCUCGUAAUGAAUCUCGACCCUCUGGCUUGGACCAGACUCUCGUUGAAUUCUCCAUGAUCGACUUUGCUGAGUUUGAUUCCUUCACGCGUACAACUACCGCGGAACCUGCCCAGGGACACCACGAGGUUAUCUUUGGCCGCCUCGAGGCAAAGCUGGAUCUAGUUGAUUCCUUUGAACAGAAGCCACAGCGUCUCUUUCUCGCCAAAUUGCUGAAAAAGAUCCUGGCAUGCGCCCACAAGGCAUCGUGGCCACUGGACAAGUAUCAACAUCUGAUUGAUCGAGCCCUACGUGACGAAGAUCUACCGCCAGGUGACAUUGUCCCUUCACUUUGUCUGAAGCGAAGCGGAACACUUGAUUUCGAUGAAUAUGGAAGGAAGAUUAAGCGAAGAUUAUAUUAG